AGGUUACAGCAUCAAAUAGGAACGAAAGCGAGAGAGAAGGUUCAGGGAAGGCGAAGCAGCCAUGGUUGCAGCAAUCUCAGCCACGUCAUCACAGUUCCUAUUCUCAAGCUCCCGCCGUUCUCCGUUCCAUCUAUGCGUCUCUGGCGCCGCAAAGACACUACUCUUAUGCCCAAGCCACAACAAUCACAGACACAACUUUCCCGGAGGUAACAGUUCAGGGAUACGAUGCAUGGCUGUGGGGACUGCACCGGAGGCCAAUACAAAGAAGAGAAGUGCUUUUGAGAUUCAAACUCUGACGAAUUGGUUGCUGAAACAAGAACAAGCUGGUGUCAUCGACGCCGAGCUCACGAUUGUUCUCUCCAGCAUUUCCAUGGCUUGUAAGCAAAUCGCUUCCCUCGUUCAGAGAGCCGGCAUUUCCAACCUCACUGGUGUUCAAGGCGUCGUUAACAUCCAAGGCGAAGACCAAAAGAAGCUCGACGUCGUCUCUAACGAGGUGUUCUCUAAUUGCUUGAGAUCAAGUGGACGGACGGGCAUCAUAGCAUCGGAAGAAGAAGACGUGCCAGUUGCGGUGGAGGAGAGUUACUCAGGGAAUUACAUUGUCGUCUUCGAUCCACUCGACGGGUCUUCCAACAUUGAUGCUGCUGUCUCCACUGGAUCAAUCUUUGGUAUCUAUAGUCCCAACGACGAGUGCCUUGCUGACGUCAGUGAUGAAUCUGAGACGCUAGACCAAGUGACACAGAAGUGUGUGGUGAAUGUAUGCCAACCUGGCAACAAUUUAUUGGCUGCAGGGUAUUGCAUGUACUCCAGUUCGAUUAUCUUUGUGUUGUCCGUAGGGAAAGGAGUGUUUGCCUUCACCUUGGACCCAAUGUAUGGAGAGUUCGUACUAACCCAAGAGAACAUUCAAAUACCAAAAUCAGGUAAGAUUUACUCUUUUAAUGAAGGAAAUUACAAGUUAUGGGAUGACAAGUUGAAGAAGUACAUGGAUGACCUUAAGGACCCUGGACCUAGUGGGAAACCCUACUCUGCCCGUUACAUUGGUAGCCUUGUCGGUGAUUUUCACCGGACGCUUCUCUAUGGCGGUAUCUACGGGUACCCGAGGGACAAGAAGAGCAAGAAUGGGAAACUUAGGCUCUUGUAUGAAUGUGCACCCAUGAGCUAUAUAGUUGAGCAAGCCGGAGGGAAAGGAUCCGAUGGACACCAGAGAGUACUCGAUAUCGAACCAGUUGAGAUACAUCAACGUGUGCCACUUUACAUUGGAAGCCUUGAAGAAGUUGAAAAGUUGGAGAAGUAUUUGGCUUGAUCAUUAAAUGAUCUUAAAACGCCAAAAUGCAUCCCUC